GCCGGCUGAGGAAUUCUGGGAUAGUGGCGGACGCAACAACACUUCUACUGUGAUGGCGACCAAUAUCGAGCAGAUUUUCAGGGAUUUUGUAAUGAAUAAGAUUAAAGAAAUCGAAGAUGAAACUCAAGAAACCAGUGUUGCAGAUGAGCCACAGUCUCAACUUAUGACGGAGACGAGAGAAGAUGGACUUAAGGAAGAAAAAAUGAACACACCAACAGAUAAAGUCACGCAUACUGACCCCCAAGAUAACCAUGAUAAAGAGGACACCAGCACUAAACACAGAAAGAGUAAAAAGCACAAAAAACACAAAAGCAAAAAGAAGAAAAAGAAACACAAAGAAGGAAAAGACAGCAGCUCCGACAAAGAGACUCAAGAAAGUGGAAAGAAAAAGAAAAGAAAGAAAAAGAAAAAAAGCAAAGAUACAGAUAAAGUUAAACAGUCUGGCUCUCGAUCCGAAAGCUCUUCAGCAUCGGUUUCUGAAUCCGAGUCUGAAUUGAAACCUUCAAGUGAAAAUACAAAGUCCUCUUCAGCAGCUCAGAGUUCGCAGACUAAGCCUCAGGAGUUGCCUGACAUCAUCCCCAAGAUGGAGAAUUCGGUCCACAAACACAGAGACAAUGAAAAGCCCAAGGAGAAGAAAAAAAGUUCUAGCAGGAGAUCUAAAAGUAAAGAGAGCUCCAGAGGAAGACGAUCCAGAUCAAGAUCACCCAGACGGAAAUCCGAACGCAGGUCGAGAUCCCCAAACCGACAACGGAGAUCAAAGUCUAGAAAGAGAUCUCCUCAACGGAGCGACCGAAGUAGAUCGAGGUCCAGGUCUCAUUCUGUCAGAAGAGGCAAGCGUUCAAGAUCCAGGCGAACUAGAUCAAGGUCUGUUGUAAUCUUAAAGAGGAACAGAAAGUCUACAUCAAAAUCUAAGUCUCGCUCGCCACAGCGUAGACACCGUUCAAGGAGUAAGUCUCAAAGCAGAACGAAACCUUCGAAGUCAAGGUCCGUUUCGAAGUCAAGGACUGAUUUGAAACCAGAAACGGAGUCAGAUCCAAUGGAUGGAAACAGAAUGCAAACAGAUGUGUCUCAAGACGCAACCGAGGAUAGAAAAAGUCCAACAGUGGCUGUAAACUCUGAAACGGCAUCCAACAUCUCCAACGCGGCUGGCUUUAAAGGAUCUUGGCGACCAGUUCCUUUCUUGGCAGAGCCGUCUGAGACCAAGUCUUCCCAAAAGUGCGUUACACCCGAGAUGCCUUUGGCAGUGACCAAUGUAUCCGAAGAACCUUCGACGUUCUCCAACGCUGCGCCAAAAGAUUCACAGUGUGCCGCCAACACUGAGAAGAAAGAAACCAACUCAGAUCCAACUUUAACAUCGCCGUCCAAAUCUCCCAGUCACGAAACAUCCUCACGAUCCAAAGCGCCGCAUCGACGUCGCCAUCGAAAGAGGCGAGGAAAUCCCGGUCGUCUUCACGAAAGUCUCGGUCGCCCUCCGAAAGGAAAUCGCACAAGUCUCGAGCGAGGAAAGCGCUCGAAAUCGCGGUCGCCUAAGAAGAAAAAAAAGUCGAGAUCUCGUUCGCGCAGCCGUCGGAGGAAAUCCCGAACCCCGGACAGAAGCAGACGGUCGAAAUCGAGAAAGAGGUCGCGCUCGCGUUCGAAGAGGAGAUCCCGAUCCCGCUCCGGCUCGCGCUGGGGAAGAGGUUUCGGAAGCCGGGCGCUGAACCAGCGGGAUCGAUGGAAACGGGAACCCAGUCGAUCUCCAGUCCUCAUUCUCCGUAAGAAAAGAUCAGCGUCUGGGACUCGACGUAGCACCAGCAAGACGCCUCCACGUCUUACAGAACUUGAUAAGGAGCAGUUGCUGGAAAUAGCUAAGGCUAAUGCUGCGGCUAUGUGUGCCAAGGCCGGCGUGCCGAUCCCAGAGAGUCUCAGGCCCAGAUCUAUUCUUCAGAUGCCCUUGCAAACCUCAAAUCCCUCGUCCUUGUCUCUACAGUUGCCAGUGAUGUCAAGCAUGACGAUGAAUGCUGCUAUGGCUAGCAUGACUGCGGCCACUAUGACCGCUGCUUUGUCCAGCAUGGGUGCUUUGGCGUCCCUUCCACAGAUGGCUCCGUUACCGACGAUCGUCAACAAGCCGCCAUCUUCAUCCACACCAAAUCUCGCCAGCAUCGAAGAAGCCAAAAAGAAAGUAACGAAACAGGCGAACAGCUUCAGCAUUAAAGAGCUAACCGAGAGAUGCAAGAAGAUCGCCGAGAGUAAGGAAGAGAUGGCCAUCGCAAAACCUCACGUGUCGGACGAUGAAGAGGAUGAAAGGCUGAUCGGAGCUUCCCUUAAGGAGAAUAAGGGCAUCGCGUUCAGUCUCGGCAGCACCUCCAUAAAGCCGGGCGUCCGAACCGAAGCGGUGUUUGCGAAGGAGUUCCCAGUGUCCUCCGGCUCCCAGCACAGGAAGAAGGAGGCCGAUGGUGCUUAUGGAGAAUGGGUGCCGGUCGAAAAGAAAGUAGAAAAGCCGUCUGCAUCGAGUUCUUCUGGGACUGAGGAAACCAGCAAGAACAGUGAUAGUGUCUUUCCCGAAGCACCUUCUCAGCCUGUGGACAUCACUUUGGCCGUCAGCGAGAGAGCGGUCGCUCAGAAGAGACUGGCGGAAAACCCUUUCGACAUCAAUGCCAUGUGUAUGCUGAAUCGGGCUCAAGAGCAAGUUGAUGCAUGGGCCCAGUCCAACACCAUCCCCGGCCUCUUCACAGGCUCCACCGGCGCUCAGGUGCUCUCGUCCGAUGAGCUCUCAAACAGCGGCACGCAGGCCUGGAUUAAGAAGGACCAGUUCCUUCGGGCGGCACCGGUCUCGGGCGGGAUGGGGGAGUUACUGAUGAGGAAGAUGGGAUGGAGGUCAGGGGAGGGUUUGGGGAAGCACAGGGAAGGAACGGUGGAGCCCAUCAUCAUAGACUUCAAAACCGACCGCAAGGGCCUCGUCGCCGAAGGAGAAAAAACCCAGAAAUCUGGCAACAUCGUCGUGAUGAAGGAUCUUCUAGGGAAGCAUCCGGUGUCUGCUCUGAUGGAGAUGUGCAAUAAGAAGAAGUGGCCCCAGCCUGAGUUUGUGAUGGUGCACCACAGCGGACCGGACCACCGCAAGAACUUCCUCUUCAAGGUGAUGGUGAACGGAUGUGAUUAUCAGCCUCAGACGGCGAGUCCCAAUAAGAAGCAUGCCAAGGCGAUGGCGGCGACAGUGGCUCUGCAGGCGAUGGGAGAGGUGGCUGGAGACGGAGUUCACACGGGCCCCGUCUUCACCGCUGCCACCAGCACAUGACACGCCCCCAUCCGCACAGGACACGCCCCCAUCAGCACAUGACAUGCCCCCAUCAGCACAUGACACGCCCACAUCAGCACAUGACACGCCCCAUCAGCACAUGACACGCCCCCAUCAGCUCGCCUCAUGUUUCCGUUAAAGCAAUAUCACUGGGAUAAUGCAUAUCUGUUAAUACUUUUGUAAUUUUAGUUCGUUUUCUUCAACCACGUCCUUCUUUUUUUGGUAAAGCAAAGGCCUUUGACUUGGUACCUUCGUAUUUGACUUGGCUUGAACCGUGAAGGUUUGUUUUUGAUGCAUUCGACUGAAUGGGGUCAUCGUUUUAAACUUGUAAAUGUUUCAUGCAUGCUGUAAAAUUGUUUUAUCUUUAUAAAUGUUUUUUUUUUUUUUUUUUUUUUUCUGAAGGCUUGUUGCUGGCAGAGAACAUGUUUUUG